AACAAAAACUCGCUCAAGCAGUCGUCCGCAGGUCCGGUGGACCCGAACGCCAAGGCCGGCCUCGCCUUUGGCUGGAUCGAGGGCGUCCUCAUUCGCUGCCUGCUCAACAUCUGGGGCGUCAUUCUCUUUAUCCGCCUCUCCUGGGUCGCUGCCCAGGCGGGAAUUCUCUAUGGAUCGAUUACCGUUCUGCUGGCCUCUGCCGCCACGGUCAUCACCACGCUUUCCAUGUCGGCCAUCUGCACGAACGGCGAGGUGAAGGGCGGCGGAACGUACUAUAUGAUCAGUCGGUCGUUGGGUCCUGAGUUUGGCGGCGCCAUUGGCAUCAUCUUCUCGCUGGCAAAUGCGGUCGCUGUGGCGAUGUACACGGUCGGCUUCAGCGAGACGGUCCGCGACAUGAUGAUCAGCUUUUGGGGCUACACGAUCUUUGACGGCGGGAUGAAUGACGUCCGGCUGAUUAGCUGCAUUACGGUACUGAUUCUGCUCGGAAUCGUCUUCGUCGGCACGGAAUGGGAGUCGAAGACGCAGAUGGUUCUGUUGGCGAUUCUCCUCGCUGCCAUGGGCAACUUUAUGCUGGGCACGCUCUUUACGCCGACGCCGGAGAAGCUGAGCAAGGGCUUUGUCGGUUGGAGUACCACCCUCAUCAAGCAGAACAUGAUGCCCAACUACCGCGACGGCAUGGACUUUAUCAGUAUCUUCAGCAUCUACUUCCCCGCCGCCACGGGCAUCCUCGCCGGCGCCAACAUUAGCGGCGAUCUGAAGAACCCCAGCACGGCAAUCCCCAAAGGAACGAUGCUCUCCAUCAUCAUCACCACCAUCACCUACGUGGGUUUCCUGUUUAUGAUCGACGCGAAUGUGAUGCGAGAUGCGAAUGGCGUCGUCGAGCUGGUGGCCAACCAGACGGGAAACAUCACCCCCGAGCUGAUGCGCCAGAUUGCCCGGUGCGACCUGGGCGAGGGCGGCAAGUGCCACUAUGGGAGUAUGAACUACUUUCAGGUGAUUGAGAUGAUGAGCUGGUUUGGGCCGCUCAUCUACGCUGGAAUCUACGCCGCCUCGUUGUCCUCGGCUCUUGCCAGCCUGGUCUCUGCCCCCAAGGUCUUCCAGGCCCUGUGCACUGAUAAGCUGCUCCCCGGAAUCGAGUACUUUGGAAAAGGGUUCGGACCGAACAAUGAGCCGAAGCGAGGGUACCUGCUCACCUUCCUCAUCGCCUUCAGCUGCUGUCUGAUUGGCGAGCUGAAUGCCAUCGCCCCGAUUAUCAGCAACUUCUUCCUCGCUGCCUAUACGCUGAUCAACUUUAGCUGCUUCCAUGCGAGCUUUGUCAACUCCCCUGGCUUUCGACCGGCCUUCAAGUACUUCAACAGCUGGAGCAGCCUGAUUGGGUCGAUUGCCUGUCUGGUGGUGAUGUUCAUCAUGAGCUGGAGUACCGCUCUGAUUACCUUUAUCAUCUUGAUGGGCAUCUACGUGUGGAUUAUGCAGCGGAAGCCUGAUGUCAACUGGGGCUCUUCGACCCAGGCAGCGAACUACCGCUCGGCCAUCUCCUCCGUCUACCGCCUCAGUAUGGUGCCGGAUCACGUGAAGACGUAUCGACCCCAAAUUCUGCUCCUUUCGGGCAACCCUGGCACGCACUCCUCCAUGGUCGACCUGGCCUAUCUGAUUACCAAGGGCACGGGAAUGCUCAUUUGUGGAAAUAUUAUUACGUCGCCCAUCUCCAACCGCGCCCAGAACGUCAUCCUCCAGGACUCUCACCUCUGGCUGAUGAAGCGCAAUGUGAAGGCUUUCGUCAAUCUGGUUCAGGAGGCGAACUUCUUCCAGGGCGUGCGUUCGCUGAUUCAGGCGACGGGAAUUGGAAAGCUUCGCCCGAAUGUGGUGAUGCUCGGCUUCAAGAACAACUGGACCAAUGUGGAGCAGGACGAGCUGCUCGACUACUUUAAGACGAUUCACCUCAUCUUUGAUAAGCACCUCUCGCUGGUGGUCGUCUCCAUUCCGGAGAGUCUCUGUGGACCGAGUGGACCGGCUUCAAAUGGAGGUAAUGGAAGCAGUGGUGGUGGAAAUGCCAACAGUGUCAGCAUUAAGAUGAAGGAGAGUGAUG